AGGAGAGGAGCGGCCGCCAUGUUAACCAAGAAGCCCGGAGCCUCGGUCCUCCACACGGGCAAAGUGGGCGAGCCGAUCUAUUCUCCAAGUCACAGUGGACCCCAGACAUCUCCCCCUGGCACCCUGCCUCCUCUACGCAGCAGCAACCUCAACCCUUUGACGGGGGGUUCUAAAGCCAGCAUGUCAGACACUGUGCAGCUCUCUCCACCGUCACAUCAUCCGCUGUAUGAGGAGAACUCCAACAAGCGCCCCGUUCUCACCUCACAACCCAAUGGCCUGGCUCCUCUUGGUUCCACACGGCCAGGCCUGCCUUCUUCUGAGAGGCAGAACCCUAGUUCAGAACCCCUUCACCACCGCCUGGGCAGUGCCAUGUCCAACAAAUCAGGGGACAGCAAGCUUAAACCCCUGUCCAUGACCCCAGACCAGGCUAUGAAGCAGUUUAUGUCCAAAAUGUCGUCAUUUGAACACCAUGAGAUUUUCAGCUACCCAGAAGUGUUUUUUGUUGGUCCAAAUGCCAAAAAGAGAUCAGGAGUGAUGGGGGGCGCUAACAACGGAGGAUAUGAUGAUGAUCAAGGGUCAUACAUUCAAGUUCCACAUGACCAAGUUGCUUACCGUUAUGAGGUUUUGAAAGUAAUUGGAAAAGGAAGCUUCGGACAGGUGGUUAAAGCCUUUGAUCACAAAACCCAGUCCCACGUGGCCUUAAAAAUGGUCCGCAAUGAAAAGCGGUUUCACCGACAGGCGGCCGAGGAAAUCCGCAUCUUGGAACACCUGAGAAAGCAAGAUAAAGACUCCACUAUGAAUGUGAUCCAUAUGCUGGAGAAUUUUACCUUCAGAAAUCACAUUUGUAUGACAUUUGAGCUGCUCAGCAUGAACCUUUAUGAGCUUAUAAAGAAAAAUAAGUUCCAAGGAUUUAGCCUGCCACUGGUCAGGAAGUUUGCCCACUCCAUCCUGCAAUGUCUGGAUGCACUGCACAAGAACCGCAUCAUCCAUUGUGAUCUAAAGCCUGAGAACAUACUUCUCAAGCAGCAAGGGCGAAGCGGCAUCAAGGUCAUAGAUUUUGGAUCCAGUUGUUAUGAACAUCAAAGAGUUUACACCUACAUCCAGUCACGAUUCUACAGAGCACCAGAGGUUAUUCUAGGAUCUAGGUAUGGAAUGCCAAUCGACAUGUGGUCUCUGGGUUGUAUCCUAGCUGAGCUCCUGACUGGUUACCCACUGUUGCCAGGUGAGGAUGAAGCGGACCAGCUGGCCUGCAUUAUUGAACUUCUGGGUAUGCCCAGUCAAAAACUUCUUGAUGCCUCUAAAAGGGCCAAGAAUUUUGUUUCGUCCAAAGGCUACCCUCGGUACUGCACUGUCACAACAUUGCCUGAUGGCACAGCUGUGCUUAAUGGUGGGCGCUCACGCCGGGGUAAAGUGCGUGGCCCACCCGCUAGCAAAGACUGGAGUGUAGCAUUAAAGGGCUGUGAUGAUCAGCUGUUUCUGGACUUCCUGAAACAGUGUUUGGAGUGGGACCCGGCUCUCAGGAUGACACCUAGCCAAGCACUUCGCCACCCAUGGCUUAGACGACGACUCCCCAAACCCCCCACAGGGGGUACUACCAUCGUGGACAAGACCUCAUCUUCUUCCAAAAGGACAACGACCACUGAUGGGGGCAUCACCUCCGUCUCCAAACCCACCACCACAACCACAUCCUCCAAAACCAGGACUAACCUAGCAGCCAUUACAGAUGCUAAUGGGAACAUCCAAACAAGGACCGUUUUGCCUAAGUUAGUCAGCUGAGAAUGAUUGCACCCCACUUGCUGUGGUGGGAUCUAGUUUUAUGAUUGGCUGUGAGCAACUAGAUUGAACUAAAUAAAUCUGGUCUGGUCAUUUUAAAGAGCAUUUUAGGCAGGUUUGCACAGCAUUGGGGUGCAUUCUUAGAAACUUUUUAAUAAUGUUUGUAUUCCUGAAAUCAUGGGGUCCACACAGACUACCAAAAGUUUGAAUCAGGUGUAAUGAAGAUGAGCAGCAAAAGAUGUGAUGACAACUGUGGAGCUGCUCUAACAAUCACUUCUGCAUAGUUACAGGUCACAAAGACACUACUACAUGGUGCUUAUAGUUUAAAGAAUUUUUAUCUUUUAACAAGAUAUUAUUAGAAUUAGAGAAAAAACUAAAAAGGCUUUUCUACCUUUCAUCAGGUAUCACAUAAUAGACCAUAAUAUGAUUCAAUAAUGAAGGUAAUAAAUGACAAAUUUAGUUCAAUAUUGCCUCCUGCACAUGCCUCUGAACAUUUGUGCAGAGGCAAUGGAAAAUUAACAAUGUAGCAUAAAGGAUGGGUUUGUAAGACAUACCUCGCUUGCUCCUAUCAUGUUCCUUGUAAGGCCGGGCUUUGCAUUUUUAUUAGUCAAAUAUCAUCACUUUGUGUUACCAGUACACUGGUAGCCACAAUACCCCAUUAUAGCUGUGUGCCUGUCUAGCUGACUAACUAGCUACCAUGCGGUACCCAAUUCAUGUUUCUUCUCUGACAAUAUUUUGUCUAUUACAGUAAGAAAUGGCUGACUGUUAGCCUUUUGGCAAAUUAAGCCUCAGUCAUUAACAUCAUGUUGUGCCACUAAGUCUUAGAAAGAGAAGACACCAUGAAAAUUCACAAUGCUACAUAAAUGUAUAAUUAGGGUAUUUUUGGAAUUUUUAUUAGGUUAUUCUGUAAAAUUGUUAUAGUAAAACCAAAUUCAACAUAUUUAAAUGUAAAUGAAGGUAGUUGUUUCACAUGGAUCUAAAAGUCAAGUCAAACUUUUUUAUCCAAAUAUUUCGAAGUAGCAACACUCACUAUAAUACCAUAAGUAUAUAUGCAAAUAUGGAGCAGUAGCUGUUAAAACAAGCCCAUAGACUUUCAAUUGGUGAACUGGUGGACAAGCAAUUAUCAUAAGGUAUUUCCAUAUUUCUUUAUGGAAGUGUAGUACUAUAUCCACAGCCAUAAGCAUGAUUAAAGAACGUUAAGGUUUUUGGUUCAAAGAACACAUUAGGUUGUGUUGGCACUUUACUUUUUCAAGAUUCCUCUUCUGCACAAAGCAGAUGCCUGAUGUCCCCACGAUAUUGACAAACAGAAAUCACAGCUUCAUUUUGUGCCGCAAAAUCGAAAUAAAAGUUAUAAAACUGUCUUAAAAGGACCUGCUUCUAUCAGCUGGACCUAAACCUCAAGAUGGGAGCAGUGGAGCUAAGACAAAGUAAAUUAUUAUUCUGAACAUUUAAACCCUGAAUGAAAUGUCAUGAGAAGUACAAUGAAUGAAGCAAAAUGAUCUGGGGAUGGGUCAAUUUUAUUUAUUUGCUACAUGUUAGUAUUUAUUAAUAAUCUAAUAUAGGCAUUUACUAUGAUGUGCAGUUCAUAGUAUAUACUUGAAUGUGUGUGGUCACACGCUGCCACACAAAGCUGUGUCUCUUACUUUGGCCUCAACCACAUCAAAAUAAAGAGGAGAUAAGUGUCUUUGGCCAACUACAAUGUAAUGUAGCAGUCAGGAGAUACACCAACACUACCUGCUCCACCCAACUCAGGGGAAGCUCCGCCCUGUUCUGGAGGAGGACUUUUCUCUUUUUGCUUGUAUGUUUUCUAAGGAAGUGAUUGAUUUUAUCUUUUUUUUUUUUUUUUUUUUUUUUUUUUUUUUUUUUACUUUUAUAUUUUUUAGUGAAUCGGAGUGCUGAGUUGUAAAUUUGUGCCUUCAGUAUCUUGUCGCCAUGGCACACUUGACCUUCUCUUACACACAAUUCUAAAUAUCAGUUUUAAAAAUGUUCCAGUAAAUGGGGCAAUAACUGAAGACUUCAACAUCUGGUUGUCCCAAGAUGUCCUGUGAGUACAUAGUGAUAAUUCCCCAUGAUGCUCAUUUUAUGCAAAACUGGUUGAGAUUACCUUUAGUAAUUCUGAUAUUUGGGUCAUAUUAUAAAGUCUUCAGAAUCUUUCAUCCUCAAUUAUAUUAAAAUUGUUAACAUUUUCCCUUAUCACAAAGGCCACCUACAGUGUUUACAAACCUAAAAGUGGAAAUCAAGUGAAAGGCCUUUCCUUGAAUAGCAGGCAUCUCUUAAUGGUGUGUAUUGAGAAAGGUUGUGUCACAUGGCUGCACAAUGUAUAGACAACAUAUCAGCCAAGUCACCACUAGUCCCUUGGAGAUGGGAGGUGGAUUUACAUGACGACAGGGCUUAGCUUACACUAGCCAAUUGACCACUGGCGUUAAGGCGCUAGCUGCUGCACUGAUGUCUGUCCUGUCCACAGUAAACCUAGCAGUAGCUGCUGAUUGACUCUACAGAAGUGCUCUACUAGUUGUUAGCUUAAAUGUAAAUGUUGAUUUUCAUGUCUGUACCUCAGAUUAAAGUUAGCUUUUUUUCCACUGCAAUUUUGUUGUGACCGAACAGCAAGGGCAUUUGGUUGACACUACCAAAGUGCAUUCCUAUAGUAUACACAGCUAGCUCACAGCUAGCUGCUCAAACUAGAAGUAGGCUUAACUAGAUUUUUCACACAAGGAAGCAUAACCUGUUUUUGAAAAGUACAAACCAUUAAUGUGUCAAUUCUUUAAAGUGAUUUUUUUUUUU